AUGUCAGGAUACUCGAAAAACCAUCAAUAUGUGUAUGAUGCCGAAGCCACCAGAUCAAAUCAGGAUGCAAACUACCCAGGUAUUGCACAGCCCGCGUUCGCCUCGCAGUACACGGAUGUGCCCGCGGGACUAACGCAUGAGGCCUCGAGCGCAGAGAUGCCCUACAUCCCUAGCUCGACGCACGAGUCACGCGGUGCAGCAGAACAUCGAACUAAUCGACCAUUUAUCGAUGCAGGCGCUCGUCAUCCCGCUUCACUGACAGUUACUGAAACGGAAAUCACCGAACCGAUUACUCCUGCCCAAGGCACCGCUGGAUCUACGGUAACGCUGCAACUUCGGACGAAUUACGACCUCCAAGCCACUCAACGCACCUUCAUACUCAUGUUUGGCACCAAGAAGUGCGUCGCAGCACUCCAGAAGGUCGACUACGACGCCCCAAUCCAGAACGUUGACUACGACGACGACGAUCAAUGGUACAACUACGUUCUCAACGUUGAAGUACCCCCAUUUCCACUGACCAACACAUGGGACCCUACCAUGAUGUUGAAACUCCAGAUCGAGGACAAGAUGGGCCAUUUACAGUCUCAAACAGAUGCUGGCAAGUUCACCUACACCGACAUGUCGCCGAAUCUCGCGUACCAGUCCUCGCCCGACUUCUCCAGGAAACGAAAGUACUCCACUGAGUUUCGUGACACGCAAGAUUAUCCCGACGGAAAUUCUGCGAAACGCGUUCAGUCCCGUCAAUUCGCGAAGCCGCGCACAAUUCCUGGAGCCUAUUCUGCUGCACAGGUAUCGCCACUGCCCUCUCGCCCUGUACUCCCCGAGACGUACAGACACGGUGGCGGGUAUGAUCUGUCCAAGCAGGCAGAAUAUGGCUCGCAGAUCUCGCAGAAAGGCCUCUAUGCAGUGCCUUCGGGUAUAGGAAUGGCCCACGCAGACUACAAGCUUCCACAUAUGAGCCCAAACUUGCACUCAUACAGCUCCUACAACGCCCGUAAUCACGGAAGUCGGCAUCCUGUGUCCACAUCGGCCUCGAUUCUUCCUCCACCGCCCGCCAUGACGGCACCAGUGCUUGUCCGGGCUACCCAUCUCGCACAAGCUAGCAGUAAUAGCUCCUCAGCACAGCCAUUCAACCCCUACUCAAUGUAUCAGAGCAAGGCCAUACUCAAGAUUGACGGUGAUCUUGAUAAGAUGAGCGAAGACUGGACGCAAGAAGAGGUGGACGCAAAGAGGCGCCUGGUCGAGUUCAAACGAUCGCAACGCGGUAGCACCAUAAUGACUUCUUUCGCUCCUAUUGCGCCGGAAGCUCGACAGCACGGUAGCAUUUGCGUCAGCUGUAUCUGGUGGGAAGAGAAGGAUGAAUGUUACAUCACAAGCGUCAACGUAAUAUAUCUACUGGAACAGCUCGUAAACGUCCGCUUUACUGUUGAGGAGAAGAACCGCAUUCGCCGCAACCUCGAAGGGUUCCGGCCUCUCACAAUUGCAAAGGCAAAAGCGGACAGCGAAACUUUUUUCAAAGUCAUCAUGGGCUUCCCAGAUCCCAAGCCUCGCAAUAUCGAAAAGGACGUCAAGGUGUUUCCUUGGAAGAUUCUUUCACAUGCGCUGAAGAAGAUCAUUAUCUGCAAGUUACUCUUCGACAGCUGGUAUUGGCCCGCUCCCAGUCCCAUCGACAUCGACAUACUCCCCAGGCGGCGUCUCGCAGGCAACAAUGGACGCUCAUCGAAUUACUUCGCCACAAUCAGUGCCUAUCUCGAUCGUGUCAACUGCAUACACACCCAAUCUGACCUCCUCUAG